AUGGCUGUCGCACGACCGAUUCCGACCGGAGAACCUGUAGGAAACUUAUGGCGAGCCGACGAACACGAUUAUUCCCCCAAUAGCGAACAAUCUGCCCGCACCAAUGCUGCGCUCAUCACCCUCGUCCGCAACGAGGAACUGGAUCAGUUGCUCUCGACAAUGAGUGACCUAGAGCGAACAUGGAACAACAAGUUCAACUAUCCCUAUAUCUUCUUCAAUGAUGUACCCUUCACCGAAGAAUUCAAGCAGAAGACUCGGGCAAUGACCAAGGCCAAGUGCCAAUAUGAACUUGUACCCAAGGAACAUUGGGAUGUUCCGGAAUGGAUCAAUAUGGACCUUUUCCGCGAGUCUGCAAAGGUGUUGGAGGAACAAGACAUCCAGUACAGCUCCAAGGUCUCCUACCACCAGAUGUGUCGCUGGAACAGCGGCAUGUUCUACAAGCACCCUGCCCUCGCAGGCUACCGCUACUACUGGCGUAUCGAGCCCAAUGUCAAGUUCUUCUGCGACGUCGACUACGAUGUGUUCCGAUACAUGGAGGAUGGCAACAAGACUUACGGCUUCACCAUCAACCUCUACGACGCACCACAGAGUAUCCCGACCCUUUGGCCCGAGACUCAGAAAUUCCUCGCCGCCAACCCGUCGUACCUCAGCGACAACAACAUGUGGGAGUGGAUUACGGAUGAUGUGGCCCGUCCUGAGCAUACCAAGAUAGCCAAUGGAUACUCCACCUGCCACUUCUGGUCCAACUUCGAAAUCGGCGAUCUCGACUUUUUCCGCGGCGAAAAGUACGAGGCUUAUUUCCAGCACCUGGAUCGUGCUGGUGGAUUCUUCUAUGAACGCUGGGGUGAUGCUCCAGUUCACUCCCUCGGAAUUGGUCUUUUCGCCGAUGCCGCCAACGUCCACUGGUUCCGUGAUAUCGGAUACAAUCACAUCCCGUAUCUUAACUGCCCCAAUUCUCCCAAAUGCUCCGGCUGCAAAGCUGGCCAGUUCUUCCAGGGCGCAGACUUCCUUUCCAAGGAGGAUUGCCGACCUACUUACUUCAAGUAUGUUGGAACGCACUAA